AUGCAGAAUGACGUGGAAAUCACCUUCAGAGGCCGGAGCCUGCGAAAGGAAGUUCUUACUGCGGAUGCGAAGAGGGUGACGAGACUCAUCGACUUUGAAGAGGAGAAGGAUAAGCCAAACGAAGAGGGAAGGACAGCGCUGCACCUUGCAUCGCUCCAAGCAGACAAGCCCAGCUUGUGGUUCUUGAAGGGCCUGUUGGGAGCUGGUGCCAACAAGGAUCUGCAAGACAACGAUGGCAUGACCGCGCUCCAUCUUGCAUCGCUUGCAAAGAUGCGCAACGAGCUGUUCUUGAAGGCCCUGUUGGAAGCUGGUGACGGCGAGGCUGGUGCCAACAAGGAUCUGCAAGACAACGACGGCAGGACCGCGCUGCACUUUGCCUCGCUCGGAGCAGAAACAGACCGCGACCAGAAAUUCUUGGAGGCCUUGUUGGAAGCUGGCGCAAACAAGGAUCUCCAAGACAAGCGCGGCUGGACAGCUCUCCACCUUGUGGCAGAGAAGGGCAACUUGAGGAGUAUCGAGGCGCUCCUGCAGUACGGCGCAGACAAGGAUCUGCAAAACGAGGAUGGCAGGACGGCACUCCACCUGACGGCUGACAAGGGCCACUGGGAGUGCCUGGAGGAGUUGUUGAAGCAGGGCGCAAGCGAGGAUUCGAAAGACAGAUGGGGUCGAACAUAUUUCGGCUGUGCAGCAAGUGCAGAAAAGGGGGCAAACUCCUUCUAUUCCUGGCUGCUGAACUCCGCCUUCGACUCUCGCACGCGUCGAACCAAAGACCGCCAGCCGUGCCUGGAGGCGUUGCUGAAGCACGGUGCAGACAAGGAUGUAAAAGACAGCCGCGGCCGAACCGUGUUCCACUAUGCAGGGGAGAAGGGCCACGUGCCGUGCCUGGAGGCGUUGCUGCUGCACGGCGCAGACAAGGAUCUGAGAGACGGCCGCGGCCGAACGGUGCUCCACUGUGCAGCAGAGAAGGGCCACUUGCCGUGCCUGGAGGUGUUGCUGCAGCACGGCGCAGACAAGGAACUGAAAGAUGCCAACGGCAGAUCUGCGAUUCAACUGGCAGAAGAGAACGGCCACAUGAUGUGCGCGGAAGCAUUGCAAAAGCACGGCGCAGACAAGGCGCCACCCCUUUCUGAUGGCCGGGAUCAGGACUCCGCCGGUGAGAUGAAGGUGCUCUUGGGUGCCAGCUCCCAGGAUAUCCUGGACAAGAAGGGCAAGAGCCCUGCCCACACCGACACCUGA